ACAAUUACCGACGCCCUUGAAACGCACGAGUUUAAAAGUUCAGAGGUUCUUUAUACAUGUGUUAUAGAUGUAUUCCUAGUGUGCUCACUUGAAAAAUGUCCAUUCUCAAGAUAACACUGAUUGUUUGCAUCUUCGCAACAGGUAGGGGUUUUAGUGUCAGGAAAAAGUUUCCUUGUGGACCAAACAACGCGUGUAUUUGCAAAUGUGAUAAACAGGAACAUGUGGCAAUGGACUGUGAUGGAAAAGGAAACCUUAAACUUUCCGAGAUAUGUGUGUUUAUUGGAAAUUUAACAUCACUUAAAGCUGGAAGAAAUAACUUCGGCAACAUAACAGCAUUGGAUCUCAAGGGAUGUGAGAAUUUAACAGAAAUAUAUUUUAAUUUCAAUCAGAUUGCUCACAUAGAACACGGAGCAUUCCAGGACUUUCGGCACUUACAUAUAUUAGAUCUUUCAAGAAAUUUGCUUCAGGUCUAUUCCAAAGGCUGGGAUGCAUCCAGUCUUCCAAAGAACAUUCAGACAUUAAAAAUAAAUGGCAAUCCAAUACCAGAUAAUGCCAACUUUCCGAAUCUGGACAGUCAAUAUAACCUGAAUAAACUCACAUCAGAUGGAGUUUCGAAUAUGGUUUUCAACGUUUCAAGAAUAGCAUAUUUGUCUGUAUCCGGAUUAAAUUUACAAACAAAAUGUCAACUCAUUCGAAUAAACAAUGAAACGUUUUCGCUUUCGUAUUCGAUAAAAGUUUUGAACAUUUCCGACUGUGGAGUUAUCAGCAUCACAUCAGGAGCUUUCGAGCAUCUUUACAGUCUAGAGGUAUUAGAUCUAUCUUAUAACCGUCAGCUGGAAUUAUGGAGUUUGGUAAAUCUCACGUACGGCUUGCAGUUUACAAGGAUACGUUUUUUGAACAUAUCAAAUCUAGUCAGUAGGUUCAGCAGCGGAAAACAAAUUAAAUUGCCGCAUAUGUGUUAUCUCUGGAACACAACGGUCGAAGAUGUAGAUUUAUCUGGAAACAUGAUAGAUAUGGUUGAAACAAACUCAUUUAUUUUGACACCUCCAUCGUUACAAAUUCUUCGCAUAAAUCAGAAUAAAAUAAUGACGUUUGGUCCAUAUGUGCUUCAGUUAGGAUGCCUAGGUAAUGUUACAGCGAUGUUUGCAAGUUACCAAAAUCAUGCCUUUAAUCCACUUAUUUAUGUUGCGGAAAACAGUAAGAUAUAUUCUGGACCCAGGGAGGAAAUGUAUCUAAUGGAAUGUCCUUUUUGCAAUGUCAACUUUUUGAAAGAGUACGCAAACCGCACCAGAGAUUGCACAUAUAUUGAGAAUGGUGUGAUAGAUUUAUUUAAUUUAAAAAUGCCUGUAAAAAUUGAACGUAUAAUAGCAAACGAUUGUGCUCUGAAAUAUAAUAUUAAUACUGAAUAUUAUUUUAAUACGGAAAAUAGUUCAAUGCGUUAUGUCGAUAUAUCUGGAAAUGUUUUUGAGUCUUUUACCGGAUAUAUUGGAAAUCUGCCGAUGCUUGAAACUUUAAAUAUGUCUCGCUGCUAUAUCUCAACUAUUGGUCAGACCAGUUUGAACUUCAUAUCUCUGAAAACUUUACGACUGGCUCACAAUGAUCUAGGCACACAACUGGCAGAUUUCAAACGAUCCAACAUAUUUGAUAUGCUGCCAUCACUUCAAGAUUUGGAUCUGUCUUCAAAUGGAAUAACAAUAUUAUUUACUUCGACUUUUGCAGAACUUGUCAAUUUGGAACGCUUAGAUUUAAGCAACAACAAUAUAGAACAUUUCGACAUAAAUAUAAACACAUUAUCACAUUUGUUGCAGAUAAAUCUUGAAAUAAACUCAAUUCAUACAGUAAAUACAGGAGUUCGACGCAAACUCUAAGCAAACGAAAACAAUCGUACUAAGUUUUUAAUAAACUUAAAAAACAACUCGCUGACAUAUGAUUGCAACAAUCAAGAAUUUCUACACUGGUUGAUUCAACACAAUGCAAACGUGGUUGGAUUCAGGGGAUAUAGCUUUACUACAUCUAACGAUAAGUCAAUAGCUUG